GAAACCCAGACCACACGCACGCACGCCGCGACGCCUCUGAACAUUUCUUCCCCUCUCCUCCCAGAUAUUUUCCCCAUCCUGCGCUUUUCCUCCUUCCUUCCUUUCUUCUCCGCCGCAAUCUCUGCCAGUACGACAUGCCGGAGGCACCUGCACGGGCCGGCGGCGCCUCCGCCCCCGCCGACGUCGACGUCGUCACCUCCAGCGGCCGCCGCAAGAUCGCCGCCCAUUCCUCCGUUCUUGCGUCGGCGUCGCCGGUGCUGGAGACGAUCCUGGAGCGCCGGGUGCAGAGGCUGAGGGAGAGCGGCAAGGGCGGCAGGGCCAUCGUCCGGAUCCGCGGCGUCACCGACGACGUCGCCGCGGCGUUCGUCCGCCUCCUCUACGCCGGCAGCAGGCGUGCCGAGGGCGAGGUGGAGGAGGACGUGGAGAGGUACGCGGAGCAGCUGCUGGUGCUGGCGCACGCGUACCGGGUGCCGUGGCUCAAGCGGUGGUGCCAGGAGGCCAUCGGGUCGCGGCUCACGCCGGGCACCGUCGUGGACGCGCUGCAGCUGGCCGACCUCUGCGACGCGCCGCAGCUGCACCUCCGCUGCAUGCGCCUGCUCGCCAAGGAGUUCCGCGCCGUCGAGCGCACCGAGGCAUGGCGCUUCCUCCGCGACAACGACCCCUGGCAGGAGCUCGACGUCCUCAGCCGCCUCCACGACGCCGACAUGCGGCGGCGAAAGUGGCGUCGGAAGCGCGCGGAGCAGAAGGUGUACAUGGAGCUGAGCGACGCCAUGGACAUCCUGCGGCACAUCUGCACGGAAGGCUGCACGGAGGUCGGCCCCGUGGGGCAGGCGCCGGCCAACUCGCCGUGCCCGGCGUACGCGACGUGCCGGGGACUGCAGCUGCUCAUCCGCCACUUCUCCCGGUGCAAGAGCCGCGCGAGCUGCCCCCGGUGCCAGCGAAUGUGGCAGCUGCUCCGCCUCCACGCUGCGCUCUGCCGCGUCCCCGACGGCCACUGCAACACUCCUCUCUGCACGCAGUUCAAGCUCAAGGAGCAGCAGAAGGAGGCGGUGUCGGCUUCGGCGGCGGCGAAGGCCGGCGACGGCAGGUGGGGGCUUCUUGUGAAGAAGGUGAAGGCUGUCAGCGUCAUGUCUUCUCUCGGCAAGAGAAGCCCGCCUCCGUGCCAGUGCUGAGCGAAUGGAUCCCCUCUCUAGGGUUGUGCUUCAAGUGCGGCGAGCGGUGGGGGCGUGAUCACACGUGCUCUACCACGGUCCAGCUCCAUGUCGCGGAGUAGCUGCUGCAGCUCUUCGGCAUCGACGUGGUGUUCGGCGACCAGCCAGCCGCCAUUGCCCACAGCCGCUGUCUGCGACACGGGGAUGGCCAUCUCCGGUCAAGCUCUCACCGGCGGUGUCUCACCGCAUGCAUUUCAAUUGCGCGCGUGGUUGCAAGGCCACGAGAUGACAUGCUGCUGGAUUCGGCCAGCUCCACGUCUUUCGUCGAUCAGCAAUUCACUGCCAAGCUUGUGGGUAUCGUCCCUCUGCUUCAAUCUGGGCGCAUCAAAGUUGCAGGCGGAGGAUAGAUCACAUGUUACUCAGUUAGAACCGAUCUCCUAUAAUUUAGAGGAGGAUAGAGCCGAGUAUCUUUUAGAUGAGCAUAUUUGCCUUUCCACAAAAAAAAAAAGAUCAGCAUAUUUGCCACUUUAAA